AUGGCUUCCACUAGCUCUGAAAGACCCUCUUCAUCAUAUUCAACUCCUAUACAGCAAUACGAUGUUUUUAUCAGUUUUCAGGGUGAAGACACCCGCAAUACCUUUACAGACCAUUUAUAUGAGGCAUUGGAACGGGCGCACUUUGUUGUAUUUAGAGACAACAAAAGUAUCCAACCAGGAGAAUAUAUUUCUUCAGCGCUCAUUGACGCAAUAGAAGGGUCCCAGUAUGCAAUCAUUGUUUUAUCAGAAAAUUAUGCUAGUUCCAAGUGGUGUUUGGAUGAACUUACUGGGCCAUUUGCAAUUGAUAUUGCUCAUGGAACCAGCGUCAACGAUGAGAGGAUAAAGAAGUGGAGCGAUGCCUUGAGACUAGUGGCCAAUAUAGCCGGAUGGGAUAUGGACCUAAGCGUCGUCGUCAUUCAGGCAAUUGUUAAACUUAUAAGAGAAUCUGUUGAUGGAAACAACUUCCUAAAUAUUUCCGAAGAUCUUGUUGGAAUGGAAUCCAGUGUGAAGGAAAUGAUGGAUUUAGUAAAUAAAAGGUUGAAAGAUGUUCUCUUUAUUGGGAUUUGGGGGGUUGGUGGGGUGGGAAAGACAACUUUGGCGGGAAUUAUUUAUUGCGAAAUUUCUCAAGAUUUUGAUGACAAAAGCUUUAUUUAUUUUAAACAUGAUACAGAAACUGGAAAUCUAGUUUCUUAUCAAGUGGAAGUUCUUAAGCACAUUUUCAAAAGAGUAUUUAAUAUAACAAGUAUUUAUAGUGGAAAGCAGAUUAUUAGGAAAAUGCUCUGUGGUAGAAAGGUUCUUAUUGCUCUUGAUAAUGUGUCUGAAAAAGGCCAACUAGAUGCAAUUGUGGGGAGCCAUGAUUGGUUUGCUCAAGGGAGUAGAAUCAUUAUAACAAGUGAAGACAGACAGUUGUUGGUAACACAUGAAGUGGAUGAUAUAUAUGAGGUAAAGCCAGUAGAUAAUUAUAAAGCGUUGGAGCUCUUUAGUAGGAAAGCCUUUAAGCAAGCCCAUCCUGAAAAUGAUUUUGUGAAGUAUGCUCAAGGCCUUCCUUUAGCUCUUGAAUGUUUUGGUUCCUUCUUACAUAACAAAGAAAUAGAUGUAUGGAAAAGUUACUUGGGUGAACUAGAGGAAAAUUCUGAAGGAGAAAUUUUAACUAAACUUGAAAUUAUUUAUAAGAGAAUAUUGGACAAGAAUGUGAAAGGAUUAUUUUUGGACAUUGCAUUUUUCUUCAAGAGAAUGGACAAAAAUCAAGUUGCAAAUAUUCUAAAUGAUCCUGGUUAUCUUGCAAACCUAGUAUUUCUACAGAACAAUUCUCUCAUUACUAUUUUUCAAGGAAAAUUAUGGAUGCAUGAUUUGCUACAAGCAGUGGGUAGGGCAAUGGGAACAGAAUAUGUUAAAGGCAUGAUGCUAAACUCCCCUCCAUGUAAAGAAGACUUGAAUGCCAAUGCCUUCUCAAAGAUGGAAGGACUAGAGUUGAUUAAGAUCUGCAGUGCAGUCCGUUUUUGGGGCCCUAAUCAUCUUUCUAAUCAAUUACGAAUGAUGGAAUGGCAUGAUUAUCAAUUGAAAUCCAUGCCAAGGAGUUUUCGACCAUGCAAUCUUGUUGAACUUACUAUGCCUAAUAGCCAGCUUGAACAACUACCAGAAGUAUUUAAUAAUUUGAACCUGCUAAGAGCUAUGGACCUUAGUUACUCUCAAAACUUAAUCAAGACUCCUGAUUUCAGUGGAUUUCAAAAUCUUAGGAGUUUGACUUUUCAAGGUUGUACAAGACUGUAUAAUGUUCAUCCAUCAGUUGGAGCUCUCCAAAAUCUUACUUUAUUAAAUCUAAAAGAUUGUGAAAGUCUUAAGAACCUUCCACAGGAGAUCAAAUUAGAAUCCCUUGAAGUUCUUAUUCUAUCAGACUGUGCAAGACUCGAGAAGCUUUCAGAUGAGAUUGGGGAAAAUAUGACACGCUUAUUGCAAGUACCUCUCGAGUUUUCCUAG